UUUCUUUACCCCCUAAAUGCCUGGGUGAGAACCAAAGCCAAACUCCAUGCAGGCCUCCCAUGUGGGUGGCAUGGACCCACAGUGGAGUCAUCCCUGCUGCCUCCUUCUAGUCCCCAGAGAGGGCAGUGCAGGAGACCUGCUUGGGAGCUGAGGGUCGGCAGAGCUGGAACCAGGCUCCUGAUGGGUGUGCAGGCAUCCUGAGAGCGGACAGUAAACCAGGAGUGACAACAGGGAACACUUCGGGAAUACACACAAGCAGGUGCAGGUGCAGAACCGAGCAUCCUUCCUGGCUCAACAAAUGAAGCAUCCAUUUCACACCAGGAAGGGAGCUAUCAUCAUGGACCAAAUAACCAAAAAUCCCAUGAUAUCCACCAACUGUCGGACUUUCUACCAUGAACCAACAAGCCUUAGAAAGCCGCAGAACAUGGGGUUUGUCAGCUCAGGGGUUUCCCUCCCAGCCACCAUGGCCAGCGCCUUCCUCCCCUGGUUAGUGAUGGGCAUUGCCACUUACUCAGUGUCUUAAAAGCAAAUGUUUAGCAAAUGUGUCUGUGACUCCAGCACUCCACAGGACAGGAUCCUUGAAGAGUCUGAACAGCUAGCAUCUGUACAGCACAUCCCAUAGCCACUGGAGGACCCUCGGGGUUCACAGGAGCAAGGAUGGUUUGUCUAUGUGGAUCAGCUGUUGUUCUGCCUCUCCAAGGGUUCGGCAUGUCUCCCCUCUCCCACAGAUGCCCAAUUCCACCGCCAUGUUGGGCUUCUUGCUCAUGAGAUUUGCAGACGCGUGGGAGCUACGGGUUCUGCAUGCCGUGUCCUUCUCCCUGCUGUACUUGGUCACGAUCACAGGAAACGUUCUCAUUGUUGCAGCCACCACGCUUGACAGGGGUCUCCACACGCCUAUGUACUUCUUCCUUAGGAAUCUUUCUGUGCUGGAUGCCUGCUUCGUCUCCGUCACUGUGCCCAAGUCGUUCAUGAACUCCCUGCUGAACAGCAGUGCCAUCUCCGUGGUGGGCUGUGCUGCCCAGGUCUUCCUGGUGGUCUUGUUUGUGUAUCUAGAACUUCUGUUCCUUACCUUCAUGGCUCACGACCGCUAUGUGGCCAUCUGCCAGCCCCUGCACUACACCGUGAUCAUGAGUCCACGCGUGUGUGUCCAGGCCACGCUGGCCGCCCUGCUCAGUGGCCUCAUCUAUGCAGGUGUGCACACAGGCUCCACAUUCCGGCUGUCCUUCUGCCGGUCCCGCGUGGUCCGCCAGUUCUUCUGUGACAUCCCGUCCCUGCUCCGGCUCUCCUGUGCUGACACCUUCAGUAAUGAGGUUGUGAUCCUUGUCUGUGGUCUGGUCUUUGGGGGCAGCUGCUUCAGUUUCAUCAUCAGGUCCUACGUCCACAUCUUGUUCAUGGUGUUCAGACUCCCGAAGGGAGCAGACAGGAGUAAGGCCUUCUCCACCUGCGUCCCCCACAUCCUCGUGGUGACCAUCUUCCUCACCUCCAGCUUCUAUGUGUACCUGAGGCCAGCCGCCAUCUCUGCAGCCCUGCAGGACGUGGUCCUGUCUGUGUUUUACACCAUAAUCCCACCUCUCUUCAAUCCAAUCAUCUACAGUCUCAGAAACAAGCAGAUAAAGGGUGCCAUCAAGAAGAUCACAAAAGCACGCUUCGUUUAGGACUCAGUAGAGCGAAGGAGGCCCAGCCAGAGCUACUGAGUGGGAAUCAAUUCAUCUGUCAGUACUGAGACAGUCAGCAUUGCUGCGGUGUGGCAAAUAAGGCAUCAAAGUGGAUUACAGGUCAAAUCUUUCUUUUCUGAGAUUUUGUGGAUAAUUUGAAAGAACUGGUAAUAAAAACGUCUUUAUAAUACGCAUUUGUACAGCUGGGAAUUCUCACUAAAAAUAAUCUUAUGAUGCCUAGGAUGUUAAUGCUAGAAACCUGCCAUGCCAAUUGGCCAAGAAAAAUCACCUUUAUGCUCCAAACGCAGUAGGGGCACAGUGCUUUUUGGAACAGGUGGGAGGGGAUGUUGAGUGUCCCCAGCACAGUCAAUGUCUCUGAGAUGAUGGAGAUGCAGGCACCUGGAUCUGACCGUUAAUGUUACAUACACGCACUGGAGACACACCCUGUGACUAUGUCAUUCAUGGGUCAAUCAAAUAUUGCAAGAACGAAUGUGUCUCUGCAUUUAUUCUCUCCUCAAAUAUUGAUAGCCCUAGAAUAAGAGUGAUCUUAAUUUUCUUUUUACAAAUAACUACUUCUUCAAUUCAAAGGCAGAGUAAGAGAGAGAGGA